AUGUUGGCGAUGCCCUGGUGGCUGAUCAUGAUCUUCCUCAAGUACACCAACAAGGCUCCGACCGGCUCAUUUGACUACGGUGAUACUGACAGGUGGGCCAGCUCCUACCCACUCUGUGGUGGGCCGAUGCAGUCCCCUGUGGAACUCACUGCUACCAGGACUACCAUCAGUCGGACGCCCAAGCUGCGAUUUGCCCGGGGGCUGAAAGACGGGGAGGUUGAGGUCACCAAUACUGGCCGAGAGAUCAAAUUGAAGCUGCUUCCAAAGAACCGAACCGAGCCGCUUCUGGAGCUAGUCUCUUACAGCUCACCGAUGAACGGUGCCUACACGUUUGCACAGAUGCACUUCCACUGGGGUCCUGGAGCUCAGCACCAUGGUUCAGAGCACUGUGUAAACGACCAGUACACCGACACCGAGGCUCACUUUGUGUUUUUCAACAGCCGCUACGGCGGCUUCAAGGAGGCGGUGCGCCACUUUGACGGUCUGCUGGUGAUCGGAGUGAUGCUGCGCGGCGCGCAGCAGCCAGGCGGCCUCGCGUUCCCGACGCUGGGUCUGGAGAACAAGCUGCACGCCAUCGAUCUGCCCGGCAAUCGACUGACGCGGCGGACCGACCUCACCUACUUCAAAACGCUGUUGCAGCACGCGGUCGGCAACUUCUACAGCUACCACGGCAGCCUGACCACGCCGCCGUGCAACCCGGUCGUCACCUGGAUGGUGGCGGCCAAGCCGGUGGAUGUGAGCAGCACCUUCCUCGAGCGGCUGAGGACAGAAAUCUUCGAGGACGCCGACGGCACCCGGCCUCUGGUCAACAACUGCAGGCCAACGCAGGGCCGAAGCGGACGCACCAUCACCAAGCACAUCAGCAUCGGAUAA